CAUUCUCCCGGCUUGUUGCUAUCCAGCCGUCCCGGUGGACCCAGGCGCCCGAACCAGAGGGCAACCUUCGGGCCUCUCGGCCCCACCCCCCCACAGCCGGAGCCGCGCCCCCCUCUACCCAGAUCCCGAUCCCCGAGCAGCCGAUAGAGAUUGAGCAAAGAGGGGCCUGGACUCCAGACAACCUCUAGCCCAAUUCUGCUCCUCCACCCCAAGGGGCAGAAAAAUUGCCUUCCUUUGCUGACCCCUGGCAAGAAGCAAAAUUAAAGGAAAGGACGUGGAGGAAAGUGACAACUACAUUAUUCAGUAAAAGAACGGAGGAGAGAAACUGGGGUGAGUCGCCAUGGGGACUCCCAGGGCCCAGCACCAGCCGCCUCCUCAGCUGCUGUUCUUAAUUCUGCUGAGCUGUCCCUGGAUUGAGGGUCUGACCCUGAAGGAGGAUGAGGCACUGUCUGAGCCUGGAAGUGAGACCCCCACAGUGGCCUCUGAAGACCUGGCUGAGCUGAUCCAUGGAGCCCUGCUGCGGAAAGGCCCAGAGAUAGGCUAUUUGUCAGGAUCUGACCCAGACCCCACACUAGCCACUCCUCCAGCUGGUCAGACUCUUGCAGUACCUGCCUUGCCACGGGCUACUGAGCCAGGGACAGGGCCUCUGACAACGGCUGUCACCCCUAAGGAGGUCAGGGGGUCAGGCCCUACAGCACCAGAGCUACUGACCCCACCCCCUGGAACUACAGCACCACCCCCUCCUGGCCCCGCCUCCCCAGUCCCACCUCUCGGGCCUGAAGGAGGUGAUGAGGAGACCACCACCACCAUCAUCACCACUACAACUGUCACCACUACUGUCACCAGCCCAGUUCUGUGUAAUAACAACAUCUCUGAGGGUGAAGGGUACGUGGAAUCUCCAGAUGUGGGGAGCCCUGCCAGCCGCACCUUAGGACUCCUGGAUUGCACCUACAGCAUCCACGUCUACCCAGGACAUGGCAUUGAGAUCCAGGUACAGACACUGAACCUAUCUCAGGAGGAGGAGCUCCUGGUGCUGGCUGGUGGGGAGUCCUUGGGCCUAGAGCCUCAACUCCUGGCCAACUCCUCCAUGCUGGGAGAAGGACAGGUUCUUCGGAGCCCAACCAACAGGCUGCUCCUGCACUUCCAGAGCCCACGGGUCCCAAGGGGUGGUGGCUUCAGGAUCCACUAUCAGGCCUAUCUCCUAAGCUGUGGCUUCCCACCUCGGCCAGCACACGGGGACGUGAGUGUGACGGAUCUGCACCCUGGGGGCACUGCCACCUUCCACUGUGACUCAGGCUACCAGCUGCAGGGCGAGGAAACACUCAUCUGUCUCAAUGGCACCCGGCCAGCCUGGUCGGGCGAACCUCCCAGUUGCACAGCCUCCUGUGGUGGCAUUAUCCACAAUGCCACACUGGGUCGCAUUGUGUCCCCUGAGCCCGGGGGAGCUGCAGGGCCCAACCUCACCUGCCGCUGGGUCAUCGAAGCAGCUGAGGGGCGCCGACUCCAUCUGCACUUUGAGAGAGUCUCACUGGAUGAGGACAAUGACCGGCUCAUGGUGCGCUCAGGGGGCAGCCCCCUGUCCCCUGUGAUCUAUGACUCUGACAUGGACGACGUCCCUGAGCGUGGCCUCAUCAGUGAUGCCCAGUCCCUCUACGUGGAACUGCUUUCAGAGACUCCUGCCAACCCCCUGCUGCUCAGCCUCCGAUUUGAAGCCUUUGAGGAGGAUCGUUGCUUUGCCCCUUUCCUGGCACAUGGCAAUGUCACUACUACGGACCCUGAAUACCGACCAGGGGCACUGGCCACCUUCUCAUGCCUCCCAGGAUAUGCUCUGGAGCCUCCAGGCCCCCCCAGUGCCAUCGAAUGCGUGGAUCCCACAGAACCCCACUGGAAUGACACAGAACCGGCCUGCAAGGCCAUGUGUGGAGGAGAGCUGUCUGAACCAGCUGGUGUGGUCCUCUCUCCUGACUGGCCCCAGAGCUAUAGCCCCGGCCAGGACUGCGUGUGGGGCCUGCACGUCCAGGAAGAGAAGCGCAUCUUGCUCCAAGUUGAGAUCUUGAAUGUGCGCGAAGGGGACAUGCUGACAUUGUUCGACGGGGACGGCUCGAGCACUCGCGUGCUGGCCCAGCUGCGGGGACCUCAGCCGCGCCGGCGCCUCCUGUCCUCCGGGCCAGACCUCACGCUGCAGUUUCAGGCACCGCCUGGGCCUCCAAAUCCUGGCCUAGGACAGGGCUUCGUAUUACAUUUCAAAGAGGUCCCGAGGAAUGACACGUGCCCCGAGUUGCCACCUCCGGAGUGGGGCUGGAGGACUGCGUCCCACGGGGACCUGAUCCGGGGCACGGUGCUCACUUACCAGUGCGAGCCUGGCUACGAGCUGCUGGGCUCCGACAUCCUCACCUGCCAGUGGGACCUGUCCUGGAGCGCCGCCCCGCCGGCCUGCCAAAAGAUCAUGACUUGUGCGGACCCGGGCGAGAUCACUAACGGCCACCGCACGGCCUCCGAUGCGGGCUUUCCUGUGGGCUCCCACGUCCAGUACCGCUGCCUGCCAGGAUACAGUCUGGAGGGAGCAGCUGUGCUCACCUGCUACAGCCGGGACACAGGCACACCCAAGUGGAGUGACCGGGUCCCCAAAUGCGCCUUAAAGUAUGAGCCCUGCCUGAAUCCUGGCGUUCCGGAGAAUGGCUACCAGACCUUGUACAAGCAUCACUACCAGGCGGGCGAGUCACUGCGCUUCUUCUGCUAUGAGGGCUUCGAGCUGAUCGGCGAGGUUACCAUCACCUGUGUGCCCGGCCACCCUUCACAGUGGACCAGCCAGCCCCCACUCUGCAAAGUGGCCUAUGAGGAACUCCUGGACAACCGAAAACUGGAAGUGACCCAGACUACGGACCCGACCCGGCAGCUGGAGGGGGGGAACCUCGCGCUGGCCAUCCUGCUACCCCUAGGCUUGGUCAUUGUCCUCGGCAGUGGUGUUUACAUAUACUACACCAAACUACAAGGAAAAUCCCUUUUCGGCUUUUCUGGCUCCCACUCGUACAGUCCCAUCACUGUAGAGUCAGACUUUAGCAACCCGCUUUAUGAAGCUGGGGAUACACGGGAGUAUGAAGUUUCCAUCUAAACCCCAAGACUAAGAUUGCAGGACCCAGGAUCCCCCUUCCCUCCUCAUUCCGGGCAGUAGGAGCAUAGGACCUGGUCUCUGGCUCCUGGUCCCCUCCCCACCGCUAUGUAAAUAGUCCUCCUGUCCCCUGAGGGAGCGCUGAUGGCCCUGGAGAGCCUACAGUAAAUAAACCAGCAUCCUGAUGCCCAAAGCCACCUCUUCUUAGUUGCCAAACAAGGGGCCUGCCCCCUACCCUACUGACUCUGGAUCCAGGGAGGGGAACUCAGCUCCCUUGCAACUGUCCCGGGCUCCUUCAUCCUAGGGCCCCCCUCAAGGACUGCCCCGACAGCUCUAUUGUCCACUUGGCCGUGAAGGUCCCCCCACAGACGCCUGACUGCUGGGCCUUGGAAGACAAGAAGAGGAGGGAUGAAGGGAGAGCUGGGCCAAGGACAUGCCCCCUUCCCUGCAUCUCCCAACCCACGAUCUUUCCACAUUUGUUUGCUUCUGGAUUUUUGUUUUUGUUUUUGUUUUUGAGCAAUAAACAGAAAAUCACCACUUGUAA